GUCCCAGCCGCAGGAAGUCGUUGUUCUUUCGACGCCACGAGGAGCCGAGGAGAUGCAGCUUCAAACCGGUCAGUGAGUGCAAACUGGGAGGACUGGGAGGACAGGUGAUGCUUCCUGUUGUCCUGUGAAGCGACGGCACCGGUCAGUGGGUACACCUGAACGCUCUCAGAGAACCGAGGUUACAAAGGUGUUCAUCAUGAAGUCUUCAUCACCACCUUCAUCAUCACCUCCAUCAUCAGUAACAUCUACCUCAGUGAUGGAGCCUCCGUCCUCCUCAUCGUCUCCUCCUCCUCCUCUUCCCCAUUUGUCUCUGCGAAGUCCACAACUGCAAGCAGAGUUUCUAGAACGUCAGAACAAAUUUCAGUUUAACAGUGAAUUCAGUGAAUCCAGUGUCGUCUCCUCUGCGGCCUCCCCCACCUCCUCCACCUCCCCCACCUCCUCCCGUCUGCCCUCCCCUUCCAGUCCCACUCCCUCUUCUCCCCCCUGGAGCCCCUCUUCAUCCUCCUCCUCUUCUCCCUGCGGCGACAGCAGACCAGUCCGUCCGUCGCUGUCGAGUCCCGAGCUCCUGUCCGAGCUGAAAGAGUCCAGGACACGCCCCCUCCGACAUGUCCCCGCCCACAACGGACUGACCACCGUCUUCUCCGGACGAGGACGAGGACAGGCCUCUGGUCCCGCCCCCUCCACACAACCGGCCAAUCAGAAGACUUCACCCUGACUUUUAUCAGCACUGGACUCUGCUGUUCUUUAACUAAUUACACUUUAAUGGUUGUUUUCACUUUCAAACUGAACAUGAACACAGAAACUGGACGUCUUCCUGUAGAUGCUGAUCUACUACGCAUGUGUGGAACCUCCAGAAUAAACAGAACCAGAACCACUACGUGUCUCCGCAGCUGUCAGUGUCUGCGUCUACUCUGGAGUAUUCAGUCCUUUAAUCGCCAACCAGUUUGUUAAUGGAUUAAUCACUUUGAGUCACUGUUUAAGAAAAAAAUGUCUAAAUUCUCUGAUUGCAGCUUCUUAAAUGUGAAUAUUUUUCAUCUUUCUAUCCUCUCUGACAGUAAACUGAAUAUCUUUGUGUUGUGGACAAAACAAGACAAACAUGACGUCAUCUUGUACUUUGGGGAACGCUGAUUGACGUUUUUCACCAUUUUCUGACAUUUUAUGGACCAAACAAAUAAAAUA